AUGUUUCUUUAAUGUAAAGAACAUGAAGAGAGAAUCACAUAGAUAGAAUCUGCAAAAAAUGCAAAAUAAGGUUCAAGAGCUAAAUGUGAAAAAUGUACUAUGAGUGGAACUGUUGUUCAUGUCCAAAUUUUCGAAAAACACCUAAAUGAAAAAGCAUUGAUAGCUGAAUAGAUGAAAAAAGAUAAUCUGGAUGAAUUUGAGACAUUCUCAAACCCUUUAGAAAAAUUGAUUAGAAAUUAUAAAUAAGAGUUUAAUUCUACUAUACAACUUAUCAUUUAAGAGGUUCAAAAUAUAAAGCAAAAGAUCAGUGACAAUUUCUCAAUUAAGGAAAAUUCUUUAGAAUCUUAAUCAAUUUUGGAAUUUGAACAAAUAUGUCAUAAAGUCUAUUCUGAUUCUUUUGAAAAAUUUCAUCUCAAAAUGGAAUAUUCCAAACUAAUCGAAGUACAUUAGAAUCUCAUCAAAAUGUAAGAUUAUUAUUCUUAGAAGAUUAAAAAAUGUUUUAAGCAACUUCAAAAUGAUAUGAUUAAUUAUGAACUAUAAUAUACAUUUAAUGUUCCAAGACAUAAGGUUUGUACAGCUAUGUGUACAGGUUAAGAUAGUGAUUGUUAAUUUGUUGCCUUAGCUUUAGGAAAUAUAAUGAAGACAUAUGAAUUUUGUCUUGAAAAAUAAAAAGCAGUAGAAAAAUAAAGUUUUAAAGAUUUUAAUCAUAAUAUUGGGAGUGUUGUUAUUAGUGAAGAUUAAACAUAUUUAAUAGCAGGAGGCACAUAUGAUAAUAAAAUGAUCAUUUAUAAAGAAAAAUGUGAAACAAAAAAGAUGUAUGAAAAAAAACAAUAACUUUUUUCCUAAGAACCUAUAUUUAGUAUUAUCUUUACUCCAAAUAAUGAAGACUUAAUAUCAGCUUCAGGUAAUGAUAUAUUUUGUAUAACAAAUUAGAAUCUUUAAACAAUAUUAUAUUAGAAAUAAUAAUAAUAAUAAUAAUAAUAAUAAUAAUAAUAAUAAGAUGAGUAAAUUGUAUAAAAAGAAUAUAUCGAAUAAUAUAAAUUAGAUACCUCUCAUUAGAAUACAGUUUAUUAAUUGAGUUAUUAAUUAAAUAAGAGUAAAUAACAACUCAUGUCAUGUAGUUAUGAUAAAUAAAUUUUUAUAUGGUAAAAAUAAAAUGAUGAAUGGUGUCAAAUUCAUAAAAUAAGAAUAAAAAAUUCUGUAUAUAGAUGUUGUUUUGUUGAUAUAGACUAAAUUGUUGUAUAAGAAAAUUCAAGUAGAGAUUUAACUUUUUACAAUAAUGUGUCUAAUAAAACUCUAUGUACAAAAGAUAUUACAUAAUAAUGUAAAUUUAAUGAUUUAAAUACUGAUUUAUCACAUAAUUUUCCUAUGAUUUAUCUUGAACAUAAAAAAUUAUUAAUUGUCAAACAUAAUUCAAAAAUAGUAUUUUUUAGAAAAAGAAAAAAUAAUCUCUUUUAUAAAGAAGAUGAAAAAGAUGGAGAAAUGGGAACUGUAACUAAUGAUGGUAAGAUCUUCUUAAAAUGGGAUAAAAUAAAUUCAAAUGUUGAGAUUUAUGAAUAAACUAUAAAAUAUUAAACACCAAAAGAAGAAUUUGAUUAAACAUUUUUUGGUAGUCAAUCCAAAAUCUUUCAAGAUUCUAAUCUUCAGAGUAUAAAAGAUCAGAAAUCUGAAUCUAUUGGAAAUACAAAUUUAAUAGAAGGGAAUUAAUAAAAAGAAAUUAAAGAUUAAAAGCCCUUGUAAAAUAAUGAUAUUUUAUCAGAGUUAAGGUAGGGGAAUGAAUAUAAUGGUAAAAAUAAAAAUGAUUAGAAACAAGAAUAAUCUAUCAAUACAUCUGGUGCAGAUUAUUAGAAACAAGUAUAAUCUAUAAAUACAUCUGGUGCAGAUUAUUAGAAACAAGAAUAAUCUAUCAAUAAAUCUGAUACAUUUGAUUAGAAGCCAAAUUUAUAAUUAGAUAAAACUGAUUCUCCACCUCAUUUAGUAGAAUUUCAAGAUUGA